AUGAGUGAUUGCAACCCUAUGCCAACUCCACUCCCUCAACAGCUGGACAAGCGCGACUCUGAGCCAUACGGUGAACCAACCUACUUUCGAAGCGUUGCUGGGAAAUUACAGUACUUGACCAUUACAAGACCAGAUAUACAGUUUGCAGACAACUUUGUUUGUCAGAGAAUGCACUCGCCAACCAACUCUGACUUUGUUCUGCUAAAACGAAUACUAAGGUAUCUAAAAGGAACACUUCACAUGGGGCAACCAAUCAAGAAGAACAACAACUUCUCUUUAUUUGCAUACUGUGAUAGUGAUUAUGCAGGCUCAAAAAGGCAACCAACGGUUUCCAAAUCCUCAACAGAAGCAGAGUAUCGAGCGCUUACAGCUACAGUCUACUGUGACAAUCUCUCUGCCGUAUACCUGACAGCAAAUCCGGCACUUCACAACAGAACAAAGCAUUUCGACACAGAUUAUCAGUAUAUCAGGGAACGUGUUGCACUUGGUCUCAUUGAAACACAUCACAUCUAUGCGGAAGACCAACUUGCAGAUGUGUUUACAAAGUCUUUGCCUAAGAAGUCCUUCAUCCAGUUGCGGUCCAAUCUUGGCGUGUGUCUUCCCCCCACUCCAAGUUUGCGGGGGAGUGUAAGCAACACAGUGGGCUCAAAUGUGGAAAGACUAAUGGACUCAACAAGCCCAACAACAACCAAAGUUGUUCUAGAUAAUGUUGUUGGCUCCUUGCUGAUGACUAUUCCACUCGAUUCUUGUAUAUAUGGUUAG